CAAAUUUACUUGAAAAACCGAAAAUUUCAAGAGACUAUACUUCUCUCCAAAACGGAAAGGCACAAUUCGAUGACUCUAUUUUGCGUUUAACUUGGAAAUUUGAGGACAAAGAGAGUUCAAUUACCAAACACAUUAUAUCACUAAAAACACACCAUGAAGGUCAUGUUCCGAUAAACCAUCUUAUUACGGGUAAUGUAGAAAAUAUCACUAUAAUUCUUGAAGAUGGAAACCGUUUAUAUUCAGGCGAUGAAUACUACAUGACAGUAUCAAGUUGUAAUCAGGCUGAUCAUUGCUCCGAAGCUGUUUCAGAUAGUAUUUUGAUUGACCAUUCACCCCCAAUCACAGGAGGAUUUAGACAGCCAAUGACGUGGUCAGGCUUUAAAGCAUCAAACGACACUUUUAUAACUAAUCUUGCCCUUUCCUUUUAUGGGUUUUCUGAUCAGGAGUCAGGUGUCAAAGCGUACUACCUUACGGCCGGUUUAAAUUACAGUUCAAGUGAACUGCUUUCAUUGAUACACCGCAAGAAAGCGACUGCAAAUGACGACUUCGAAACAACCAAUGCCACGGUGACACUUAAAGCCAAACUUAAAAACGGAGACAAGAUUAUUCUCUCCGCAUGGGCAGAAAACCAUGCUGGCCUUAACAGCAGCAUAGCUCGGGUUACCGUCGUUGCCAUGGAAAACUCCAAUACAUUAGAAGGAGUACUUGAAGUAGAAAAACACUCAUGCGAUGUCCACUAUUGCAAUAAUGAUUGUACGUGCGCUGUUGUUGGAAAACCAUGCACUAAGACUGAACACAGUGUGGAAUGCAGUAAACUUGACGUUUCCAUUGCAACAAACAGAGGAUACCCAAUAGUUCAUGUUAUUGCCGGCCUCUCCAAAACACAUCAAGAUAUAUCGCCAUCUUCUUCUUGUUUAGCUGCAUCAUGGGAUGUUAGUUUUAGUCGUUUGCUUUAUAAAAUACAUCGAUUUGAGUGGAGUAUGGGUUUGUAUAAUUAUUCUUUUGGAGAAGGUAUAUUUGACAAUGAUGUUAUGCCUUGGAAAGACGUUGGUAAAAACAAACAGGUUAUACACUGUUUAGAAAGAGACAGACGUUUGCAACACGGAGCGAAAUACGUUAUUUAUGUACGUGCCUGGUAUUCAUCAUUUGAAUAUUCAGAUUUUUCGUCACCUAUUGUUACUAUUGACCAUACUCCUCCGAAAGUUAAAAGGGGAAAAUUUAUCAAGGAUGCAGACACAACUUGUUAUAAGGAUUUUGACGUUAUCGAUUGGAACGACACAAUAACUGGAUGCUGGGAAAACGUUUUCCAGGAAACACAAGGACAUAUCACUCACUACACUGUAUCACUUGGGACGACCAUAAAUGGAAGUGAUAUAGUGCCCUAUACUAACGUACAAUUGUCAACUCAGUACACUUUUGAUGACCUACGGCUGACGCAUGGAACCCGUGUAUUUAUUACAGUCACCGCCUAUAACAACGCUGGUUUGCAUGUAACAAUUAGCUCCGACGGUUUUAUUGUGGAUAUCGACAAUCCUACCGCGGGCGUCAUAUUCAAUACAGAACACCAUCAGGAUUCAAAGUUUCAAAAUCCAGGGAAGGGUAUUAGAUCUUCCUGGCAUGGGUUUGUAGAUACCAGUGCCGGAAUUAAAACAUAUGCCGCCGUAAUGAUAGAUACCCAAGUCACGGAUUACGAUAAUUUAACAUUCAAGUACACUGGUCUUCAAACACAAAUACAGUUUAAGGACGUUAACAUCAAGCAAGGGAAUACAUAUAAAGUACUGGUCAAAGCAUUUGAUUCUGCGGGCCAUAUGAGCAGAAUAGCAGAAUCUAGUGAAUUUGUCGUAGAUACUACUCCGCCCGCUGGAUUCGUUUGUGGGUCCUAUCAAACAGUAGUUGACAGGAACAGUAUUAAAAUGGAAAAGGAGAUUGCGUUUUCGAUUCAACAACCCAUUGGAAAUGUUUAUUAGGU